GAGCCAGGAGAAAAGAGACUGACGCUGGAGCGGGUGGAGACUGCUACACAUUUAAAUCCCCCGGGCCCUUCGCCCGUUUUAGCAACGAACUACGCUAAUUUUUUUAAAUUUUAUUUCUAUCGAUGGAGUCCUAAAGAUCCGUUUCAAUGCCGUAAAUGACAAAACGGUGAGGGCGUCGUAGUUGGGAACUUUUUUUUUUUUUUCCUUUCCGAGGGAGGGUUUUUUUGACCAGCAAAGGGCCAUGAUGGCAUUCGAGGCUCGGCCGGAGCUGGUCGGGAAGAGGUUCCUCUGUGUCGGCGGGGACGAGCCGCCUGAAAUCGGCGACAUCGCUCGGUGGCCGUGGAGGUCCGGUGUCAUACGAGCUGUCAACCACAGGGAUAGCGACAGUCUCGACCUGACGGUAUAUGUAGAGUUUGAUGACCAGGAGUGGGAGAACCGUGAGUGGGUGAAGGUCUAUGAGGAUUUCCAGCUGUUUCUACUUGAGCACCAGCUGGUCUGGGCCAAGAGGAAGGAAGGAACCGGAGCAGGAGGAGAGGGAGCAGGUGGAGGAGCAGGAGGCCUGCUGCAAGGAAUCAAGGUUACGCACAUACAGUGGCCUGCACUGGCCUUUAAACCAGUGGUGGGGAAAAGCCUGUUGUCAUCAGUAACAGCUGUGGAAUUCUUAUUAGACCGACAGCUGGACUUUCUGUCUGAUCAGUCAGCCUACCAACCAUACCAGGAUGAGGUGGACAGUCAAAACCCUGUGUUGCGAGAUAAUCCUCAGCUCCACGACGAACUAAGGGGCUGGCUCAAACACCAGAAAGUUCAGGAAAUUUUUAUGCAAGGUCCCUAUUCAUUGAAUGGCUACCGCGUGCGUGUGUACAGACAGGACUCGGCCACCCAGUGGUUUACUGGCAUCAUUACACAUCACGACCUUUUUAGCCGAAACAUGGUCGUUAUGAAUGACCAGGUGCUAGAGCCUCAAAAUGUGGAUCCAUCCAUGAUCCAGAUGACCUUUCUAGAUGACGUGGUUCAUUCCCUUCUCAAAGGAGAAAAUAUAGGCAUCACUUCGAGACGAAGGUCGCGAUCUAGCCAAAACAACAAUUCUUCCCAUAUGGCGGGAGGGAGACCUGGCGGGACCACUGGCAACACUCAGAGUCAUUACACACGAGCCCAAGCUAACAGCCCCCGUCCCAUCAUGACAUCAUCAGGUCCCAACACAAAGGGUUCCCAGGGGGCGCUGGCCUCUCAGCAGCAUAGUCAAUUACAGCAAAGCCAGCAGACAUCCAGCCAAUUGCAUCAUUCUCCCAGUGGCAUGGGACGGGAACAGAAAGAACAGCGCAACUGUCGCUCAUCCCGGAGAAAAGGAUCUGAUAGUAGCGUUCCUGAGGAGGACCGAGACAGGAGAGAAGAAGCUACAAUCAAAGACUCGAAGUCUAAAGCUAAGAAGGCGGUCAACAAACGCAGGAAGGGUGAGGAAGAUGAGAAGAAGGUGGGUCUAAAAAGACUGAAAACAGAUAUAACAUCUGACCUCUCCGAGAGCAGCGACUCUGAAAACACACUCAAGAGAACAGUCCACUCGUCAUGCUCCUCUUCCUCCUCCUCUUCAUCAUCCUCGUCGUCAUCCUCCUCCUCCUCUUCUUCGGAGCCAAACUCUGAGAAUGAACUAAAGACUCGCAGCAGCGACGUAAAACCGUGCGUUGUUUCAAAAUUGGAGGAGGAUGAGAAGACGGCCAAAAUCAAUGUUUCCUCGUCCCACAUUGGCCGCCUGUCGCCGUGGGCGGAGCUUCAAGCAACAGAAGACAGCAAGAUAGGUGUUAAGGAAACAAGCAAAAUGAUAACGAAGGAGGAGGAAGAAUUGGUGGCAGUGACACAGAUCACCCAAUCUCCACGGCAACAGAUGCCUCUUAUGUGUGACACUAUACAGGGCACACUGGUAGAGGCUAGCAAGAACGUUGUGAAAGCCUCAUCUCGCUGUCCGACGCCUUCAUUGUCGCACCUGCACGGCAGCGGCGUGAUCGACAUCACAGAUGAUGCACAAGCCACGGUGCAUCAGGAGAGUUCAGAGGCCGUGUCUGCUCUGCUGGCCUCACAGAAAGCAGAGUCCACAGCACUCUCACCUUACCUCACCCUUAAUCCAUCCCCCGUCUCCUCGCCACCCGUCCCGCCUUCACCUUCGCCAUCAGAAGGGGGUCGAAGGACAGAUAUGGACUCUGCUAUGCAGCACGGCGUAAUGGGCGGUGGCGUAACAGCAAGCCGGAGUUUAAGCAACAAGAUAGACUUUGCUUCUUCUGAGGUUAUAAGACCUGUAACAUCAUUGGCUGAUAAUGUGGUGCUGGUAGAGAAGGACAAAACAGGCAUUUCUCAUCAUUGUCUUCAUCAACAGCAGCAGCAGACACAGCAAAACUACGCCCCUGUCCCGUCUAGCAUCAAGACUUCAUGUUUAUCUGAAGAGCAAAGCAAACAGCAACACUUGUCCCCCCACAAAAUGAAUACAAUUCUCUCCACUGACUUUACUAAAUCUAAAAUGAACCAUAACCCAGCCCCUCCUGACUCCAUGAAACAUAAAUCCCAGCACAUUAACAACUCUCAGAGCCAUCCCUAUCCCAGCACAAGUCCAGUUGAUCAUAUUAAGACUAAGGCCCACCCGGGCCAAAUGGACAUCUCAAAACCUAAACCCAAUACCUCUCCAGAGGUCUCUAAGCAUAAAAUCCCCAGAUAUUCUGAUUCGUCCCCCCCUCCAUCAGGCCGCUUCUCCAGUAAAGUAGAAACAACAGAACUUCCUCGAUCUGGUUUUAAGCCGGUGCCAGCUCGGUCAGAGUCAGAUACUGUCAGCAGCACCAGGAGCCCUCUGAUUAUCGAUAAGAAUGAGACAUUCACUGUUUACAGAGAUCCAGCCCUGGUCUGUUCUGACAAUGAGAACUCUUCCUCCGCCACUGUCUCCUCCAACCACGUGGCAGCAUAUCUCCAUCCCCACCUACACACUCUCCACUCCUCUCCCCACUCCCCUUGCCUUACUCCUGCAUCCCACCCACAUGCUGCCUCUCACCUCCUAGCUCCUCCUCACACCUCUGGCUUACCUCAUCCACACCUUCUACCCCCUGGGGUGCUUUCAGCAUCUCUUCUGGGGGGCCACCCACGGCUGGACUCCCCUGGAGGGUUAGGUCACCUCGCUAUGCCUCACCCAGGAAACCCACACCAGCAGCAGUUUCUACAGGGUCAAGGACCCCCUCCACACAGUCUACUCGCCCAGCCUCAUACUGGAGCAGCAGGGUUGGGCCUCUAUCCCAUCAUUUGGCAGUAUCCCAAUGGAACACCAACUUCCUACCAACCAGGAAUCAACCUAACCCCCACUGCUAAAUGGAUUCACCCUGAAAAUCAAGUGGCUGUUAAUUCUGAGGCAUCUCUCCGAAGGAACACAGCCAGUCCAUGGUUGCACCAAGCUGCUUGUAGUGGUAGUGACAGUUUGGGUUUACUGAGUCACGUACCAGUGCGGCCAGCCAGCGCUGAUCCCCACCGCCCCCCUGUUAAGAUCAACACACAUGCGAGCCCACCGCUGUCGAAAACCAGCAUGGACAUUCAUAAAGAAGAUGUGGCUAAGAGAGGCUAUGUGGAUCCAAUGAGAACACUGACGUUGGCCCAGCUGAAACAGGAGCCUGUGGACGCUAACAGAAUUGUCACAGGAAAAGAUGCUCACCUACACCGCCUCUACUUGGAUGCCCACAGCAAAGUACGCCUGGCAAAUACACAGGAUGCUGUGGACCAAACCAGUAAAUACAAAGAGGAGAAUCGACAAAUCUUGAAGGAGAGCAUCGAAGUAGCCCCUUUCACUGCCAAGAUUCAACGCUCAAGUGAACCUGGAAGUGACAGGGAUAGAGAGAGAAGCCGAGACCCCGUUUUCCCCAUCAGGAUACCAGCUCUUGCUUCCCCUAACCCUAAGACGGGCCACCCACAUCCCCAUAUUAUCCAGUCAGAAAAGAGCAACUAUUUCACCACUUUGUCCAACAGUGUUGUAAAUGAGCCCCCACGAUUGUACCCUUCCAAAGAGCUCAGCUCAUACUAUGAGAAGGUAUCAAUCGGCGCUUCAGGAGUUGUGGCCAGUGUUGGAGCAGCUGUCUCAAGUCAGGGUUCUUUGUCUCUAGGCAACUACAAUGCCAAAGUGUCCCUCUCUAAGCCACCUCCCCUAAUUAAGCAUCAUCCAGAAGGAGGUGAGGGACUAGCUGGGAAAAUCACAGAACAGCUCAACCAGCAGGCGACAGUCCAACAUCAUCACACAGUUGUAGAAAGGAUGGAGCGCUGCAGCCCUGCCAUUUCCCCUUCCUCCUCCACAUGUUCCUCUUCAGCCUCCAACCACUAUCCUCAUCAUCAUCACCACCACCACCACCACCACCCACAGCAACACAACUUCAGGGCAAUGCCUUCUCUUCACAGAGCACCCGUCUUCCAUCCACCCACUCAGCAUGCGCUGGAAUGCAAGGAGGCUGCAGAGCGAGAGCGGGAAAAGGAACGGGAGAAGGAAAGGGAGAGAGCUGGCUAUGUUGGACGUCUGUCUCCACCAACUCUUACUCCAAUCCAGCCAGUUACCUUAGCAGCAGCUGGUGGCAAAACAUCAGUCGAGCAGCAAAAGCCCCCCACACUACUACCGGAACUCAGGGAUGUCAAAGGGCAUGGAAAUACUGCCUUAGUUGCCUCUGCUGUCAAUGGGGAGAAUAUGACAUCAUCAGGUGUGUGGAGAGGUGGUGACAUCAGUCAAGAGAGGGGAGCUCUCUUUGUGAGAGAGAAAGGAAUGACAAGAGGCAAGCCCCAAGCUGCAACGGCUUCAGUCAUAGUGUGUCCAUCGACGUCCAUCAAGUUUGACAAUCCUGCAAACAAAUCUGGUGCAAUGAGCCCAGACGAGUUACCUUUGAGGAGGUUCUACUCGUCAAAGUUUCAAGGGGAGUGUCAAAAACCCGGAGAGAGUGUUCGAGAUCAUGGAGCUAAUCGAGUUAUUCAACCCAACUCUAACUUGGAUGACAUGUACAUCCAUUUUAAAAGAAACUCAAUGCGUGGCAUGCAGGAGACUGCGGGAGCCAGUUCCACAAACUCUGUUCACAGGACUGCUUUUUCAUCAGCUAUGCAGAGUAGAAGCGAGCCAACCACUCCUGAACUGGCCUACUCAGCUUCGGCUCGUCAGGUGCUCAGCCAAUCAAGACUAGGAGAGCACCAGGGGGUGUUGGUUUCCGGUACAACAUCGCCAGGGGGAUCCUUGCCUCCCCCUAGUCCGUCUGGCACACCACAACCCAGCCCUAACCUCACUCAGAGACCUAGCCCCACUUCUGGCUCCAGUCAGGCGUACUCCCCCUCUUUUGUUCACCUCAAGAAGCACAAAGCUGCAUUGGCAGCAGCCCAGUCAAAAAAUAGCAGCCUCUGUUCUGCUUCUAUGUCUGUCACAACUGGAACAUCAUCUCUCACUGUAGAUUCUAUUGACAAAACCUACAACUCAACUCCUCCAACUGCCUCCAAACAAGCGUCUUCGAUGGAUAGUAGUAGUAGUAGCAGUAGCAGCGGCUCAGCAAGUGGCAGAACGACGCCAGGAAAAUCAAGUCCACUGCACAAUGGACAGUCCUUUGGGCCUGCUUCAACAAGUAGUGGGCAGGCCAGUAACUACCACAAACUGAAGAAAGCCUGGUUAACUCGGCAUUCUGAAGAGGAUCGGAGCACAACUGCUACUAAGAGCUCAGCUAGUACUAAACCAGAGAAAUUACCCAGCACCAGCAACACCACAACUAUGUCAGAAAUGAUCAAACCAUGUACUGUCAACCUCAGCGCCUCUACAUCCAGUGAGGUGGACCUCAGCAAGGACACUGCAAACAAGGGAGAGCGAGAGAAGCUCUCAGAGGAGAAGACCGGUGGGCCAACAGAGGAAAGGAAAGUGUCAUCCUCAUUGAGGCGAGGAAGCAAACGAACAUAUGAAUCGCCUUCAGAGAGUGGCGGGGAUGAGUCUGACGCCAGUGAAAGCAAGCUGGAGGGCAGAGCCAAGCGCCAGCCUAAACCAACUUACAAAAAGAAACAGAAUGACAUGGCCAAAAAGAAAGGGGACAAUGAAAAGGAGGAUGACGACGUAAAGCCCAAUGGUAUCUUUCGAUCAGCUAAAGAGAAAACCAAACUCAAACUGGCCAGCAGCAAUGGUAUCCCACGCUCUGUCCUGAAGGACUGGCGAAAGGUGAAGAAGUUAAAACAGACCGGAGAGUCUUUCCUUCAAGAUGAUUCGUGCUCAGAAAUUGGACCCAAUUUGCAGAAAUGUCGGGAGUGCAGGGUGAUCCGCAGCAAGAAAGGCGAAGAGCCAGCCCAUUCUCCCGUAUUCUGUCGCUUCUACUAUUUCAGACGGCUUUCCUAUAGUAAAAAUGGAGUAAUCCGGGUGGACGGCUUUACCACUCCUGACCAGUUUGAUGAUGAGGCCCUUGCCUUGUGGAUCCCCGGAGCAAUGGAGGAGAACCACCUAGACCAAACCACAGCCAAGUACAUCCUCAGCUUCAUUGGAGAUAUGUUUUGUCAGAUGGUCGUGAUGGAGAAUACAGCAGCCUCCUGGGUCAAGAAGGAUGCCAAACUAGUAUGGAAGCGCGCAGUUCGGGGCGUGAGAGAGAUGUGUGAUGCCUGUGAGGCAACGCUCUUCAACAUCCACUGGGUCUGUCAAAAAUGUGGUUUUGUUGUCUGCUUGGAUUGCUACAAGGCCAAGGAAAGAAGGAGCUCCAAAGAUAAAGACCUAUAUACAUGGCUGAAGUGUGUGAAAGGGCAGACUCAUGAUCACAAACACCUCAUGCCAACACAGAUCAUACCUGGCACAGUGUUAACUGAAUUAGUGAAGUCCAUGCAUUCGUUGAGAGAAAAACACAACAUCAAAUCGCACUGUGCUUGCACAAACAAACAGAACCUCCUCAACAAAAUUCCAGCCACCAAUGGGGUCUCACAGGUACUGCAGAAUGUUCUGAAUCAUAGCAACAAACUGUCUCUGGUGAAGACUGAGCCACGAUCUCAGCAAAACUCUGAUCAAGGAGGAACAAAGUUAGAGACCAAUGGAGGAGGAGGAAGAAGUCCUGCCAGUGAUGCGGGGAGUGCUUCAGUUACUCCACCAGAGUCCCAGUCACCUCUGCAUUUCCUGGCCAACCUGGCAGAGCAAAAAUCCAGGGAGGAAAAGAAAGAAAACAAAGACUCUGUGUUGUUGGGUAAAUCAGUGAAAGAAGACAAGGAAGGGGAUAGCCUUGAGGUCCUGCAACAAUGUAAAACCACAUCAUUGGUUGCAAACAGUACAGAGCAGGGCUCCACUCUCAGAGAUUUGCUCACGACCACUGCUGGGAAGCUGAAGCUGGGCUCCACUGAUGCUGGGAUCGCCUUUGCACCAGUAUACUCAACUGCUUCACAGACUGGAAAAGGUGGGCGCUCCAUGCCCAAUAUACUAGAUGACAUCAUUGCAUCUGUUGUUGAAAACAAAAUCCCUGCCAGCCGACAGAGUAUCGCCACAAAGCUUUCAAUCAAGCAAGAGCCCGUCAUCCCUGUCAACCACAGCAACCCCUCAGCUGUUGUCCCAGAAGAUACCAAAAUGGACAGGAAGAAGUCUAUGCUUGUCAUGACAGUGAUUUCAGAGGACUCAUCCAAUCAGUAUCCUGAUAUUCCUCACUGCUGGCUAAAUAAUGGACGAUUACUGUGGCUCAAAGAUCACCGUAACCAGAAUAACUGGAAGCUGUUUAGAGAAUGCUGGAAACAGGGACAGCCUGCGUUAGUGUCUGGAAUCCACAAGCGACUAAAUGCCACUCUGUGGAAAGCGGACUCUUUCAAUCAAGAGUUUGCAGACCAUCAGGGAGACCUUCUCAACUGUAAAAACCAGGUGGUCUCCAACUCAGGGAUUAAGGAGUUCUGGGAUGGAUUUGAGGACAUCACCAAACGACUCAAGUCCAAAGAUGGAGAGCCAGUGGUUUACAGACUGAAAGACUGGCCUUCUGGAGAGGAGUUUAUGGCUCUCAUGCCAUCAAGGUACGAUGACUUAAUGAAGAACUUGCCACUGCCUGAGUACUCUGAUCCAGAAGGCAACCUCAACUUGGCCUCCCAUCUGCCAUCCUUCUUCGUUAGGCCAGAUUUGGGGCCGAGACUCUGCUGUGCUUAUGGUGUAGCUUCAUCUCAGAACCAGGACUUUGGGACUGCUAACCUCCAUGUGGAAGUCUCAGAUGUUGUCUCCAUUCUAGUCUAUGUCGGCGUGGCCAAGGGCAAUGGCGUCUUGUCCAAAACUGGAGUGUUAAAGCGCCUGGAGGAGGACAAUCUAGAUGAGGGAGUUCGUAGGAGGCUGAAGGACUCCAGUGAGACACCGGGUGCGCUGUGGCACAUCUACCUCAACAAAGACAUGGACAAAGUCAGAAUGUUCCUGCACAAGCUCUGUAAGGAGCAGGGAUUGGAUAUGUCAGUGGAGCAGGAUCCAAUCAGAGAGCAGGGAUGGUACCUGAGCAAGAAACAGCGCCAGCGGCUUUCGGAUGAGCAUGAUGUUCAAGGCUGGACUGUUGUGCAGUUUUUGGGAGACUCUGUGCUAAUACCAGCUGGGUCUUUGCACCAGGUCCAGAACCUUCACAGCUGUGUUCAGGUCAUCAAUGACUUUGUGUCUCCUGAGCAUGUGGCCAACUCAUUCCAUCUAAGCCAGGAGCUUAGACCCAACAAUGAGGAAGUCAACUAUGAAGACAAACUACAGGUGAAGAACAUCUUGUAUCACUGCAUGAAAGAGGCAGUGAGCUCCUUGAAGCGGAGCGGCUCUGAGGAAGACGAGGAGGAGGAGAAAACAUGACAGCUCCGCCAUCUUGGUCACACUUUCCAGAGCGGAAGUUGUGUCCCUUCCUCCAUGCUUGAUGUGUCAUGUGAUCGCAGGAGGUGACAUUUAGCUGCUACGUGGUGGCAAGUGGCGGCAUCCUAGCACCUGACGCUGAAGGAGAAGUGGACUGGAGCGAGUGACUAAAGCCUUCGGCCUGUUGACCACACCACAGGACAUGUGGGACAGUGCUGCUCGCCAGCCUUAUUCUCGCCACUAAAGUGCUGCCGGCCCACAGGUUUGAAUCCCUGUCUGUGACAAGAACCCACACACGACUUGUGCUGAUUACAGAAGAUCACCAGCAGCAAGCAGCAUCAGGAUGUAAACGUCAUCGCUGAUGUUUGAACAAAACAAUGUUGGAGGAAAAAAAAAAACUUGAGGGGGGAAAUGCAAAAAAAGUUAUCUGUAUGUGUCAGCAAGUUCCUUGUCAGUCCCUUGUUUGUUCUCGUUGUCUUCUUUUUGUCUCUUUUCAUGCCGUUUUCUCUGUGAAGAUGUAUUUUAUAGCUUUAUGGAAAUGUGAUGUUAACGGGACAAAAAAGCAUUGCUGUAAAUGUGACUUGUACAGUUUGGUCUUCAUGUUUUUUCCCUUGGUUUCUUUGCUCUACAUGGUCUUCAGUUAUACGGCUCUACUGUGAGAGAGGACACACGUGCACCAGCUCUGCCUGAAACUGUCCUCAUGCCAUAAAUAUUUUGGUUUUUUUUUGAAGAUGAACUGCCAAACUGUUGUAAAGACUGUCUAAUGUUGUAUUAUGUACAGAAAAAAAACUACAAAAUUGCUUCUACACUUCUGCAUUUUAUGAGAAACAUAUUCCCUGUAAACCUGAGACGUUUACAAAAAAAGAUGUAAUUUAUUUAAGAAAAUUGUUUUAUCAGAUUUUGUUUUGUUCAGAUUUACUAUGGUGAAGUUUUGAAGUUAAAAGAUGAUUAAGAACUAACUAUAAAGUGUAAAUAUAUUCAUAUAUACAUUGACUGAGAUAUUUUUAUAAAACAUGGCUUGCUUCGAUUUCAAAUUUGAAAGUGUUACAAUGCUUUGUACAUUGAAGUUAAACGGGGUUUUACAUUUUCCAUUAAAAUGGAUUUAUCG